AUGCACCUUGGCCGUAUCGACAACGAAACCCUCAAACCGCUCCACCAGCUUAUCCGCCUACCUGUCCCCAUCAACGACACCCAGAAAAUUACUGUCGACCAUUUCGCCCCGCUCACUCCCAGCAUCAAGUUGUUUCUCUCCAAGAACGACCUACAGCAGCUACCGUCUGAACUGUGGAACUUAGGCAAUCUGGCUGUCCUCAGCUUGCGCUCAAACUCCUUGACUCAAAUAUCACCCUCAAUCGGCCGCCUGCGCAACCUCCACGAACUUAAUGUCGCUGGCAACCAGCUUCCCUUCCUUCCCUUCGAGCUACUUGCUCUGGUUGAGAACAAGCUUGUCCAGCUUUCCCUGAGCCCAAACCCAUUCGUACAGCCUCUACCUCUGCCGGCUUCGACCAUGCUCAGAAACGUUCCUUCCAAACGCGACGACUGUUUGCGCGAACUACAACGUCUACGCGUACGCUGUCCUGGGAUCGACAAGACUCAGCCGUCGCAUGAGGCUUUGCUGCACCGUCUCUAUGCCUCUCGUCUCCACGCCGCUUCUCAGGGGCUCAAAUCCACAUCGACUUAUGUCGCUUCAUCCUCGACGUCUUUCUUCGAAAUUGAUGGUUCGGUUGUCCGUCCCCGCUUCCGCGCAUAUACCGCACAUGCCAGACCAGAUUAUUCUGCUUCAUUCAAUUCCCCUUCACCACCUUCAUCUGUGCGGUCUGCCGCACCUUCUCUUNUUGAAUUGAGUGCACGCGCUUGUGCUCGCUCCCAAUAUGUGGGACAGCUGUCUACACUUCUCCCUGAAGAUGCGUCUCCGCCUGUCAAUACGGCAAUCAGCAAGGUCAUGGAAAGCAAGGAGAUAGGUAUGCAACACUGUUCUGUUUGCAACAAGCAGUUUCUUGUGCCCAGAGCACAAUGGGUCGACUAUUACUACGUUGGACCGGGUAGUGAGAUGUGCUCCCCUAGUGAAUUGUUCAGGCCGUUUUUGCGCAGGGCAUGCUCUUGGAUUUGCGUUGGUCGUUUGAACGAACAACGAGAGAAGCACUGGGAAGAUUGCGAGAAACACAUCCUGGAAUUGGCACGGUUCGUGUAG